AUGAGUGACCUCCUGCAAGUGUGUCAGGCAAACCGUCACUCGAGAUUUCAGCGUCUCACCGAAAGCAUGUCGAAACAAUACCCCUAUACUCUGUACAACUCGGAGGAACCUCUGCCAAAAGUUCUAGUCAAAAGAGCGUCGAAAGAGCUGGGCGAGGUGCAGGGUCAAGUUGGUGCGCAUCUUGAGAGCUUUCGACGAUGGCUAUCCUCCAUGCCACAUCUCAAGUGUCGCACAGGUUGGUCUGAUGACUUCUUUAAUUGUUCUCAUCAAAAACUAACAUUCUCUCAUGCAUUAUUUUAAAUUGCAAUCACCUUUGAGAUUGCCAACUGGAGGACUGGAGUGCAAGGCUACAGUUCUGCCAAAUACAUUCUGAGACAGAAUCUGUUGUUGCCUCAUGUUCAAACGUUCGUGAAACGUAUGAGCUUCGAAGGCCCUCUUAAACAGCUUUGUCAAGAUGAACGGACUUAAACAAAUCCAAUAUGCCUACUUUCAAAAUUGCCCUUCUUCGAGGCAAGCGAAAAUAUUCCACUGCAUCAAGUAGACAGUCAUUGCAUUUCUGCUUCUUUAUUUGCAAAAUCUUCCGACGUCACCCACAUUUUGAGUCAUCAUGAGAAAGCAUUAUCUUCCAAUUUUAUUCUCGACGCCAAUUUUCACUAAAUACAAUGUGUUUUCUUUUUGAAUGCUUGCUUCAACAGAUGAUGCAUUCCUCUUGGCUUUUCUGCGGCAUGCGAAGUUCAAUCACUCGAAAGCACAGAAACGUCUGGACAAUUUCUGCACUUUUCGGACAUCUGAAUCCGUUGGAGCUCCAUCGUGGUUCAACUAUGAGGAGGACAAACUAGAAGUUCUCAUGGAUUUUGCAAACAGAAAGUGAGUUGAAAUGUGCCCGUGGUGUUAAAAUUGUCGGAGAUUCUGCGGUUAGUUUGGCCUAUCGAGUUGCAAUUCGCGACGACGCCCGGACUGCAGCCACUCGGUAGACCAAUACAGCCAAAGGGUAUUUACAUAUCAUAAUCUAGAGUUAAUAAGAAAAGUCCAAAUUUCUGCUAACGGGAAAGGUUUAAUAUCAAAUUCCUGUGUUGAUAGAAGCGAACAAACGAGUUUCAGGAAGCGGUUCAGAAGACGAAGAUGCGAUCACUGGAACAAUAAAUUUUUUGGCCUGACGUUUCGGAUUCUCACUCUAACCCAUCAAAUGACGAACGACGAGACCCGGCCAUACUUUCAAGUUUUAAGAGGCAAGAGGUGACGACCGCGUGAGCCGCGAGCUGCUGGAGUCAUAUUUCACAGGCCCGCAAUCCAUGAAUAAACACAAUGACCUCCCGUUACCGUAUUCUUUGCUGAGAUUUUCCCUGGGCAAAGUAAUCAGUCACGUGGGGAGGGCGCGAGUGAGCAAUAAUCCCAGUGACAGUGCACCAAGUUGCCGAGCCAUCGUCACACCAGCAUCCAACACGGAUGACGAAAUCGCGGCCAUUAACGCCACGGAAGCGGACCGACAAGCCAUCAUCCCAUCCACUACGACCCCAGCGGUAAUUGCGAGAGCUGUUAAUUAUAGUGCGCAUAUGGCCCCACGGCAGUCACGUGCUAUGAAUACUGCACUCCUGGUGCCACCAUCACCUUUAUCUGCGGAUGUCUCUGAUGAUGCGUUUGAGUGAGAAUCCGAAACGUCAGCCCAGUAAAUGUCUUGUUCCUGUGAUCGCAUUUUCGUCAUCUAAAUUACUGUGUGAUUAUAUAUUUCGAAAUAAGUUGGACGAUUAUGCCUGUUUCCGACAAAAAUAUCCCAAUAAAGUCGCCAUACUUCUACCCUAUCGGAAAUUUCAGGCUUAUCUCCGUGCUCGGUUUCACGCAAGAAGGUGUGGUCUGCAUUCUGAUGAAAGUGGGUAAGCUUGCCUAUUGAGAUUCCUCAGGAUUUGUUUAGCGAACUGGCCCCAGUAUGCUGCUAAUCCACAGGAAUUGAACAAAGCAUGGCAAACAUGGAACGAUGCAUUUAUCUGCGACGAACGUAUACAAAUAGGAGGCGGUGCAUUUAUCAUGGACUUUGAAGGAAUUACCAAAAGAGAAAUUGUAAAAUUCCAGGAUCCACAUGCGUCGAAACUGAGCGCAAUGUAUUAUCAGGUACGUACCUGAGAAUACUCAGGCUGAUUUUGAAAUCUCAAUUUAAGUACUUCCAGAACAGUCAAACUUCUGAGCAUUGCUGAUUGAGCUUUAGUCAUCUGACCUCGUAGAGAAGAUCUGUGGGCCUCAUUAACUUGUUUCAUGGUCACGCAUUUAAUGAGUUACUGUCCAUCCCAAUAAGUCGAUGGCUUAGUUGACUCAAACCUGCCAAACGAGAGGUAUGUCUCAACGCAGCUGAAAGCACCCUGAUAUAAUUCCCUGCAGAACUGGGUGUCAUGUUUAGAAAACUAAGGCAACAUACGAACAUAAGUACAUCAUUGUCAUUCCGCAUCUUCUGAGGCAGUAAGAAGUUUUAAUUUACUGCUUUUAUUACCGUGAACAAGUUGAAGCAUUUGCUGUCGGCUCUGAAUUAUAGUGGCCAUGGCGAUAUUAAAUUAACUAAGAGAAUUGGUUUCCAUAACCUGAUGGCAGCCGCCUUUGCUGUUGCUAACAGGUGCUGGCCCAGUAGUUUAGGAUUGCUCAAUGGGACCUUUUAAAUCACACGAAAAGCUUCGCAGGGGCUUCCAAAUUAACUUAGACACUAGUAUUGGACACUAUUGCGUAAACGAGAAAAACGAAACGAAGAGACGAUGUUUCUGGCCAUUUCGGUGUUUUUGUAGCGUCCACAUUCAUAUACGUCUAGAACGGCCGAUUUAUUGGCAUGAAGGGCAACCAAAAAUAGAAAAAAAUCUUCCUGUCUCCAGAAAGCGAAAUAUUCUCAGGUUGACUUAUUUUUUCCAAACUAGAGAUAACUUCGAAUUGCAGUUUUGGGAUAGCAUCUUUGUUGUACGAAUUAGCCGAUGACGUUAAUAUCAAAUGUCAUUUUGUCUACCACACUAGAAGAGCGGUAGAUUUACACACUGCCCAUUUCCUGGACGUAACUCGACUUGUUAUAGUCCACUUGUGAAUCCACAUCAUGUCCAUUGAGAAAAUUCAAUGAUGUGAUCUAAAAGUGAAAUUCAGUCUGUUAUUUCAGGGUUUGACAGUUUGAUGGAACAGUCUUCAUUAACUAGUUGCAGUCAUGCUUUAGUCUAGAUGAUAUAAGUUAAGACUUGUCUUCCCUACAGGUUGUCGCAGGAGAAUGAGUUACGCUUUGAGGCGAAGUUCAUAGAACUCAGUUUGUAGCUUUUUCGUUUUUUUAAAAAUUAACUGCCAACUUGGGGUAGUUCAGUAUAUUUAAAGACUAUAGUCUCAGACAUGAGUUUUUAUGUAUGAAUAUUUGAGCGAAGUCUAUCAACCACAGCGGAUAACCGCAUAAUAUUCACUAAGUGCCGACAGGCAGCUAGUAGUAUACUUUGGGGUAGGGUGAUUCCUUACUAACAGCACAGGUAUUAGUCAAAAGCACAUAGACGCGUGUUUCGCUGAUAUUCGGUCGCUGCAUGGCACAGCUGCGGGGGGUUCGGCUCGUCAGUGGGUUCCCCAGCAUUCCCUGUCUGCUUUCUGGUAAAUACUCCAAUUUAGGAAUUUGGGCUUUUUAAUUUCCUUAGAAAUUAACUGCCAACUUGAAGUAAAUCCGCUGUGGCUGAUGGACUUCGGCCCAAAUAUUCAUACAUAAAAAUUUAGGUCUGAGCGUAUACACCUUAACUAUAUAGAGGCUUUGAGCCGGAAUCCAUAGAAGUCAGUUUGCUAAUUUGGACUGACUUCCGAGGGGAUACGUAUAACCUCAAUGAAGCCUAAAAACCGAGUAAACCCAAACAGGUCAAACUACAUUAAUGCAAACUAGGAAUCCAGUUGCUAAUUAGGUGUCUUUUCAGCCACAUUUUGAAGCUCACAUGAAGGAAUAGCUUACUAGGUGGUUUGUGUUUCCUGUUGAUUUCAUAGCCUUUCUAAAGUCAGUUAUAUUUUAUGGAAAGAAUCCACAAAACUCAUUUACAUCUUAUCUCUGAAAACAUACGGUUACUAAAUGCAGAUAACUUUAAGAAGCAGCGUAAUCCUAUUCAUAUAGUACUUUUAACUAUCAAGAGAUUGAAGGGAGGCAUGACGAUUCUCAGACUACAACCUAUUCAACUGUCACUGUUGUCAACAAAAGCGACAAUGCAAUCCAUCUCUACUUCUGUAUUUCGCGAUCACCGGGAAGUCUUUUUUUAACAUCAGGGGAAUAGACGGGUUGUGUUUCAAAAUAUAUACGAGUCAUUUUCUUAAAGUCGAGCUGCCACUUUCGGCUUAGGAUCAUAUCCGAUGAAGUCAACAUUUCCUACAAACUGAGUGUAAGACAAGUCUCUUCCGUGAGUAAUUUGUCCUUAAUGGAGUUUAACUCAGACAUGGACCCGCAACUUAAUCAAGUCUGUGCACAAACUAAAUGGUGAGUUUUAAAAUAAACUACGCAGAAGCAAUUGGAUAGUAUUCCAUUCAUAAGGCAGAAUUUUGCCGUAUAGAAAACCGGUUUAGUUUGGAUAAAUUUUGCACCCACCACGUGAAUAUUUUUUCUCCAUUAGGAAGGCUAACAAUAAAUUUCACAUAACUUUUCAUACAUUUCGGUGUUGUGUGAAGACCACCAUUCUGCAUCUUAGCUUCUGCAGGAUGCUGAUUACUAGGGGUGCCAGAUUUGAGCGCCCGUUUAAAUUAAAAGCCAUAUGCUUAGAAAAAAUAGUUUAUUUUUUGCUAAGAAUAACGCCUGGAGAAUUGUUAUGGAACGUGUCCUUAGACAUAGACCAUCCCCCGGAAAAGUGCGGCUUUGACUGAAAGUUUGGCUUCUGAAUUAUUCGAACUAGCAGUAAACAUGCCCAUUAAAAGACCAAAUAUACUCGUUAAUUCAGCCUGCCUGACGGAAAGGUUUGCUUCAGCACAGACCUCGGCAGCGUGGUGCUUGACUGCAAAGUGCAUAUGCGAAUUGGUGCUUGACUGGCUUGACUUCGUUUCAGUCGGAGUAUUCACAAAAAAUCACUUCUUUUGUGACCUUGACCAGCAGUAACCAAUACUGGUUUCAAAUCUCGGCCGCAUUGUUGUAGGCUGUUUUCCAGUAAAUGAUGAUAACAUGUGCCAUCAGAGGCCCACAGUGACAAUGCUUAGCCUGGUGAUCUGGUCCUAGUAACCAAGUAAUCUUGCUUUAUUUUUCGAAUUGGGCAUUCUUUCGACUAACAGAAUAGAAUUAACACAGACAUGCGAGACGAAGAAAUUAAACUAUUUUAGGCUUGGCACAUCAGUUUCAGCGAGUGGUCAUUCUCUCUCUUAUAACUUCAGCAGUAGGACUUGAUCCAAGGGUGUUGAUAGUGUUAUUUAGUCCCAAUACUGGGCCUUGCGUAACCGACUUAAUUAAAAAUUCUACAUUGAUUAAAGACUUGAAGGCAACCUGAACUCUAAAGUCUAAACAGGAGCUUUGUCGAGAUUAUGCUAUGUAGGUUUGUAAAAACCUUAUGAAAUACAUGCAGUAUCGUGAGCUUGGCGAGGCACGUCACUGAAAUAAUCCAUAUAAUUUUUUAGGAAGCUAUGCCCUUUCGCAUAAAAAAGCUGGUCUACCUGAAUAUGCCAAAAUUCUUCGAAGUGUUUUUCAAAGCCUCAUUAACGUGGUUCAGCGAGAAGAUAAAAUCGAAGGUAAGAAGCGUUUAUAUGAUGUCACAUGUUUUUUGAGAAGUCAAUAAAAUCAAAGCGGGUGCCACCGGAGAUAUAAUUUAUUAAGAAUCAUCGCGGGUACGCAUCCUUCAGGAGUGAUUUUCAAAUAAUCGCCUGCCUCAAAUUCCACCCACCCAAGAAAGCCAAAUGCAGGGCCCUUGGAUGAUAAAAUAAAUGAAGCUGACUACAUGAUUUGAAGGCUGAUAAUUCUUUUUUCCGGGUUCGAUGGAAGAUAGAGGAAUCAGCAGACCCACAGGUUGUCUGAGAGUGUGAUGAAAUGAGCAAGACACUGAGAUUGGUACUGACAAUUUUAACACUUUCUUGCAUUAAUUAAUCAAACUAGAAUAACAAUCCACGUAAUCAAACGAAUAUCUAUCAUGCAUAUUUUUGCUCAGAAACAUGUUAAGACUACAGUUGCCAGAUGAUCUCACACGUAUUUAUUGCGUAAUCAUCCAAGAAGAAUAUUCCCUGCAUUGUGAAUUCUCACAAGCAGUCUAGCAUUAUUGUACAAUAACGCAGCAAGCAUCUGACAGUAUAAUAUCUCUUAGCAACGAGAAAAUGCGCUUUAUUUCACCUAUCCGCAGAUAUUGAUUCUACAGAAGGAUUUGAAGCCAGCUUAUGACAGUGUACCUGGUCUGGAGGAACUGAUGCCAUCAGAGUACAAGGGAGGCAACUGUUCGUUUGAGGAAAUUUGUGGUAAGCAAUUUCUUUAA